UUGACCCAGCGCCGCUGCUUCUCGAAUGGUCUCGUGCAGGGGCGCAGCGGCCGCUGCCCGUCGCCCGGGACUCCCCGCCCUCCCUCGCGACCCUGCGCCGGGGCGGGCGGCGCUUGCGGCGGGCAGGGGGCGGGCAGGGGAGAGGGGGCUCGUCUGGGGGUAGCCGCCUCCUCUGCAGCCUGCCGGCGCCUCGAAGCCCGGACCUGCCUCCGCCUCUUCCUCCAGCGGCUCCAUCCCGCCUCCCGCGCCUCGUCCUCCCGCCGCCUCCGCCGCCGCGCCCCCGGUGGCUGCCUCGGCGGACCGGGGAGGGGGCCCACCGCGUCGGCCGCCCGCUCGGCUCGGCUCGGCUCGGCCCGGCCCGGGAGGCGUGCAUGCCCCUGCUGCCCGCGGCGCUCACCAGCAGCAUGCUCUAUUUCCAGAUGGUGAUCAUGGCAGGGACGGUGAUGCUGGCGUACUACUUCGAGUAUACGGACACGUUCACCGUGAACGUGCAGGGCUUCUUCUGCCACGACAGCGCCUACCGCAAACCCUACCCGGGCCCGGAGGACAGCAGCGCCGUGCCCCCCGUGCUCCUCUACUCGCUGGCCGCCGGGGUCCCUGUGCUCGUGAUAAUAGUUGGAGAAACUGCUGUCUUUUGCCUACAACUAGCCACAAGGGAUUUUGAAAACCAGGAAAAAACUAUUUUAACUGGAGACUGUUGCUAUAUAAACCCGCUGGUGCGCCGAACUGUCCGAUUUCUUGGAAUUUAUACAUUUGGACUGUUUGCUACAGAUAUCUUUGUAAAUGCUGGACAAGUAGUCACAGGAAAUCUGGCCCCACAUUUCCUUGCCCUGUGUAAGCCCAAUUAUACAGCACUUGGAUGUCAGCAGUAUACACAAUUCAUCAGUGGGGAAGAGGCCUGUACUGGCAACCCAGAUCUCAUCAUGAGAGCCCGAAAAACCUUUCCAUCCAAAGAAGCAGCUCUCAGUGUCUAUGCAGCUGUGUAUCUGACCAUGUACAUCACCAACACAAUCAAAGCCAAGGGAACCAGACUUGCUAAGCCAGUUCUAUGCUUGGGCUUAAUGUGUUUGGCAUUUCUUACUGGACUCAACAGAGUAGCAGAAUAUCGAAAUCAUUGGUCAGAUGUUAUAGCAGGCUUUCUGGUUGGAAUAUCUAUAGCAGUAUUUCUGGUUGUGUGCGUGGUGAAUAAUUUCAAAGGAAGACAAGCAGAAAAUGAGCAUAUACACAUGGAUAAUCUGGCACAGAUGCCAAUGAUCAGCAUUCCUCGAGUAGAAAGUCCUUUGGAAAAGGUAACAUCUGUACAGAACCACAUCACUGCCUUCGCAGAAGUCACAUGAUAUCGAAGCAGAUGGUUUCUCACUGCAUUGGACAUCAUCCCUUUUCACCAUCCAUUCAUAACACCCAAAGUUUGUUUGAUUGCAAAUGAAGUUUAUAAAGUUGUUUAAUAAUUUUUAUAAUUUUAAAAUCAAUGUCAACCUAUCUGUUUCCCCCACUAGACUGUGAGCUCCUCGAGGGCAGGAUUGUCUUUUUUUUUUCUGUGUCCCCAGCACUUACAACAAAGCCUAGCACAAAGUAGGUGUUCAACAAAAAUGUGAUGACCAAAUGAACAAAAUUCUUAAAUAAAACAUUCACUUUAGUUUCUCACAGAAUCAUUGCAAUUAUGUUAAAAGAAAUCUCUACAUAAAUCGUAUUUGUGUAUGAAAACCUUCUAUUUUGGGCUAGUUAUUUUUUUAAUCUUCAUAUAUCUAUUCAGCAGUAUGCCAUAUUUAAUUUGAAGUGGACUUCGAAAGUCAUGGGGGUUUUUAUUUUGUUAUUCAGCAUGACAUUAUUUCCAUUCUAACAUUUCAGUGUAUGAAAUUAUUUUUAGAAAGUAUGUUCUAUAGUAAAAUAAUGUUUCCACAUUAUAUUAUGUUAUAUUUCACUUAAAAUACCAUUCAUACUAUACAUUCUAAGACUGGUGCUUCUGCUUUUGAAGGGGAAAAUGCCAAUUUUUACUGUAAUAAGUAAUGUAUCAUAAUUAAAAAUUAUUUAUUUGGA